AUGCUGCCCGAUCACAACCAAGCUAGCCUAGCAGAGGUUGUGCAAGCUGAAAUUGCCCAGGUAGACCUCGAGCGCAUCAAAAUGGGCCUAGCAGAAGCCCCCUCGGAGUACUUGAGGCUUGACGCCGUCAAAGAUGCACUUACACAGCAAUUGCAAGAGCUGCCCCUCGACGUAUCGGCGGACACAUUGCUAAACCAGCGCAUGGAGGCCGAAAGGAGAAGUGAACGGCUUCAGCUGGAUUUUGAAAUCAAAACGCGCCAGUUGGAGGCACGCAUAGCGUCGCUAGACGAAGAGAUGGCAGAGGCGAGCAACAUGCAACAUGAACUGGGCGUCUCCCUUUCAGAGCAGCUCGAAGACUUUCUGAACAAGGACCACGGGCACAAGACGAAUCUUGCAGAUUUGAAGGAGAGACUAGUUGGCGUGGAAAAGCAACUCCGAUCCCUUGAGAGGCGGGAGGGUUCCCCACAGCCAGUCAGCAUCGAUGUUACACAAACGACGUCGUUGCCAGGGCCAUAUGCAGCGAAUUGCAGCGACGCUAGCCAAAGAUAUCUGAGAUAUGAAGACAGCCCGUUUGAGGAUUAUCCUGAUACGACACGAGAGGUGGAGAAAGAAGGACUCUCUAUAAAACUGCGUCUUAACGGGGGACACCGGACAGUUCACACCAGUGCUCCGAGCCAGGAGUUACGUGCCACCCCUGAGGCAUCUGCCUGGAGGCAACCAUGCACAUCUCUUACUGGCAAGGUGUCGAAGACGGAGCUCAUGACUGUUCAGGCAUCGGAGUAUUCUACAAUUGAGACUGGAGUAGGGAGGACCACGUUGAUUUGUCCCUCUGGUCCGAGGACACUGGAUAUCGGAGCCUCUGCUCAAAUGCGAUGGCUGCAUGUACAGCAGCCCGCACUGAGGUUCAAGCCACUGGAGCGAUUGGUUCUCAACUGUCCCUUUGUCACCGAGGAAGCCAGAUCGGUUGCCAUGGAGACACUGGAAAGAGUCAAGGAACAAUUCACUGGGCCCUCGGAAUGCGGCCCCCAUCUUGAACUUGGCUGCAUUCUGCGUUGCGUGGGAACGGGGGACACUGCGGAGGGAAGGGACAGCCAAAACAAUGCGGUGGCACCCGUACUAUUCCUGGCGUCUCCUUUCCUCGUCCUGGGCCAGUACCUCAGCCGCCGAGGCUCCGACACGGAAUUCCGACCGCGGAGUCUCCUGCAAUCCUUGUACGGGUACGAUGUGGGAAAUGAACGCGAGAGUGGGCAGGUAGUGCAGAAGGUGGGCGCCAGAGCGCCGGGCAAAGAUGGGUUGCACAUCAACCAGCUCUGGUGCCUUCUCAUCGGAUCAGAUGUGCUCAUAACCAUGUCUGAGCAAUCGGCAGCUGAUAUACGCGGUGACUCGAUCCUCGUCAACGACCGCCCGCCCGGCUCCCAGGAACCUCUCGUCAUUCGGCUAGUGGACAAGCAUGAUCGUUCCUAUCCUGUCGUUAUUGAACCUGACUACAGUUUCGCCGAGUUCUUGAAAUACGCUGUUGCGCUUGUCGCAGGUCACAACGUCGAUCCGUCUAUGUGGGCAAUAUACGAGGGCGAGGACAUCCUAACCCCCAGUCGCUGGAUUGCCAUACUGGAAAGCGAUCACGCUACACCCCUCACAUUCGACCCGGAGUCAUGGACUCACGUACCCUUACCGCAGUCCUAG